GGCGAUUAAGAGAUUCAGACUGAUUCUCGGUAAUCAGCAUGCACAAUUUUCUAUGAUCAUACCAAGUUUAUCAGCUGUUAAUACCAAACCAGUCGACGAUGCCAAUCCAAAUGCUCUAAUGCAGUGUCCAUAUGACAAGAACCAUCAGAUACGGGCAUGUCGCUUCCCCUUUCACAUUCUCAAGUGUGCCAAGUUUCAGAAUCACUCCAAACUAGCAAGUGAGCUUAAGACAUGCCCCUUCAAUGCCAGGCACUUGGUUCCAAGGCAUGAGCUGGCACAUCACAUUGAGCACUGUGAGAAUAAAUGCUCCUUUACCGUGGAAGAUGGUGUCACUAAGACGCACCCUAAAUUCCAUGUGCCAAUCAAAUGGACAGCCCCUGCAUGUGAGGAGGACUGGGAAAAGGAGGCUGAUGACGAUGCUGUUCCUUUUGUAUGGGGAGUGACCAACAAUCCAUUCACCGUAAACAAGCCUGAGCCACCAGUCAUGAACAACUUGAAUGCUGGAGUUCGUGCACCGCGAACUCUCCCCUGGAAGCCUGCCUGGUUUCUCAUCUCUUUCACAGGAAACAUCCCUUGGGUUUUUUUGGCUGUGUAUUCAAUCAGCGCUGCUGCAGCUGAAUUAUUUUUAUUUGUGAACUUUUAGAAUCCCACUAUGUUCUACCACACCUGGGUCUUAAACUGCCCUUUUAUUUGAAUGUACCUUUUUUUUUGGUUAGUUUUUUAAACAAGUUUUUGAAACUGACCCUCAUUCCCUGGAUUUGCUCUAGAAUACCACUCCUGGGUUUUGAAAUGCAAGACUUUGAGGGUCUUUGAAUUGUAAUGUUUUAUUAAUAAAUGCGGGACUGUUUAGAACUUUGUCUUGUGAAAUUCUGUCCUUGGAUGGUGUUUAGAGCUCAAAGUUUUGGUCUUCUCCACAGGCAAGCCAUGAUUUUCAAACUCAGCUGAUGAAGGUGAAUUCAGGUGUUGCUUCUGA